GGACGAUUGACGGCCUCCCAGCGCUCUCCCCAACGCCCGGCCUCCCCCACCGCUCCCGCACACAAUGGCGUCGCCGCCCCCCGUUGAAGACCAGGCCCGGCUGCUCGAAGAUGCGCUUGGCGUGGUGCGCCAGCAGACGCUGCUCAUGCGGCGGUGUCUUGAGACGCCCGGCAAGCUGAUGGACGCGCUCAAGUGCAGCUCGACGCUCGUCUCGGAACUGCGCACCAGCAGCCUCGGCCCCAAGCAGUACUACGAGCUGUACAUGGCCGUCUUCGAUGCCCUGCGCCAUCUGGCCGUCUACCUGCGCGAGAAUCACCCCGUCAACCACCUCGCUGACCUCUAUGAGCUGGUUCAGUACGCCGGCAACAUCAUCCCGCGCCUGUACCUCAUGACCACCGUCGGCACCGUCUACAUGGCCAUUGACGACGCUCCCGUCAAGGAGAUCAUGAAGGACAUGAUGGAGAUGAGCCGCGGCGUCCAGCACCCCAUCCGCGGCCUGUUCCUGCGCUACUACCUCGCCGGCCAGGCCCGCGACCACCUGCCUGCGGGCGACGGCGACGGCCCCGACGGCAACCUGCAGGACUCGAUUAGCUUCAUCCUGACCAACUUCGUCGAGAUGAACAAACUGUGGGUGCGCCUGCAGCACCAGGGCCAUUCGCGUGAGCGCGAGCAGCGCACCAAGGAGCGCCAGGAGCUGCAGCUGUUGGUCGGCAGCAACCUGGUGCGCCUCAGCCAGCUGGUCGAUCUGGACAACUAUCGCAAGAUACUCAGCCCCCUGCUGGAGCAGAUCGUGCAGUGUCGCGACGUCCUGGCCCAAGAGUACCUCCUGGAAGUCGUCACUCAGGUCUUCCCCGACGAGUUCCACCUGCACACCCUCGACCAGUUCCUCUCCGCCGUCGCACGACUGAACCCGCACGUGAACGUCAAAGGCAUCGUCGUGGGCCUCAUGGAUCGCCUGUCGUCGUACGCGCAACGCGAAGCCGAGUCGGAGAGUCCAGAGCAGCGCAAGAAGACCGAGGACGAGUCGAUAGCGCAGCUUCUCGAGAAAUUGCGCAUGGCCAAGGAGAAGGGUCCGGAGCUGGAUGCUGCACCUACACAGCAGAACGGCGGCUCGGACGAGCUCACUGAGACGCAACCGGGCGCAGAUGAGACUUCGACUGCAUCCUCAACAACUGCUGCGUCCCUUGCAGAUACCGAGACAGCCGAUCCAGAUGGGGCAAUUGAGAAGAGACGUGGCAUACCGAGCAACGUGAAGCUCUUUGAGAUCUUUCACGAGCAGGUACAGACGCUCGUCAAGAUGCAACGAUUGGCCAUACAAGAUACCAUUGGGUUGCUCGUAUCACUCGCCAAUCUCGCAUUAAACAUUUACCCGGAGCGCCUUGACUACAUCGACCAGGUUCUUAGCUUCGCAAACCAAAAAGUCACUGAAUACCAGAACAGCGCCGACCUGCACUCGCAAGCGACGCAAAGCCAGAUCCUCAACCUCCUCCUUUCUCCCAUCAAGACCUAUGUCUCCCUCUUCACCGCACUUGCCCUGCCAAACUACAUUCCUCUUCUCCACUCUCAACCGUACCCUACACGGCGAGCAGUCGCUGGCGAGAUUGCAAGGAGUUUGAUGCGAAACAAAACGCCCAUUACAUCAGUCGACAACCUCGAAAGUGUCUUGGAAAUCUUGAAGGUCCUCAUCAGAGAAGGGAUCCAGCAGGCCCAAGGAUAUCCAGGCGGUCCAAUUCAAAGAAGGGCGCAAGAAACAGAAGACACAAUAGAAGAGCAGGGUUGGUUAGCCAGGAUAGUGCAUUUGAUCCACGGCAAGGACAACGAUACACAGUUUAAACUUCUUCAAGCAGCACGCAAGGCACUUGCCGAAGGCAACGAGCGUGUUAAGUACACUACACCAGCCAUCAUCACAGCAUCGCUCAAGCUUGCGCGGCAGUACAAGAAGCGCGAACACUUCGACGACAACUGGCAGUCACAAUCAUCCGCGCUUUACAAGUUCAUGCACAACACCAUCUCUACCCUCUACAGCCGCGUCACAGGCUCUGCCGACCUAUCACUCCGCCUCUUUAUUGCCUGCGGACAGGUCGCAGAUCAGAACAACUUUGAGGAAGUCGCCUACGAGUACUUUGCACAAGCGUUCACGAUCUACGAAGAGGCAAUAAGCGACUCGAGAGCGCAAUUCCAGGCCGUUUGCGUCGUUGCGAGUGGCCUGCACACAACACGAAAUUUUGGCAAGGAGAACUACGAUACACUCAUCACGAAAUGCGCGCUGCACGGUAGCAAGCUACUCAAGAAGCCUGAUCAGUGCCGUGCUGUCUACCUGGCUAGUCAUCUGUGGUGGGCGACAGAGCUCAGGGCACUUGGAGAGGAGGAUCCCAAGGAUCUUUACCGCGAUGGCAAGCGCGUGCUCGAGUGCCUGCAGCGUGCGCUUCGUGUCGCCGAUGCAUGCAUGGACGCUGCAGUAUCAGUCGAGCUUUUCGUUGAAAUUUUGAACCGCUAUGUUUACUACUUUGACCAGGAGAACGAUGCUGUUACAACAAAGUACCUCAACGGCCUAAUCGAACUCAUACACUCGAACCUCCAAUCCAACGAAAACGCAUCAAGUCUCGAGAACCCCAGGAAACACUUCCAGCGCACGCUGGACUACAUAGCGAGCCGAGAGUAUGAGGGCGUUAUCAUCACGCCGAAGUGAUCAGUUAGUGUACAUGAAUCGGGCCGUGAACCAGGGGGAUCGGAGAAGACACUGUUGGCAGUCGAUACUCAGCGAGCUACACGUUGGAGCGGUGUUGAGCCUACAAGAUGAUAAUACCACAUUUGAACACCACUUGCAUUGACUGUGGAUCUGACACUGCCUUGACUUUUCAUACUCAAUCAUGACAGACUCCAAGGUGC